AUGAGCAUGAGCCUGUUCAGCUCCGUCAUGCAAUUGCAGGCGUUGUCCAAACUCGGGGUGGCCUUCACAGACCUGGACGGCCCCAUCCCUGUGGCUCCCGCAGAACUCGACAACAGUGUACUGCUGAGCAGAGCAGCAUGGGUCGCCCAAGGGUUUGUCCCGCUGCAAGUCCUACAGUACACUAUCAAGACCACAUGGCUCGGGACAGUACUCCCAACGAAGACAUCGUUGACCCCACGUGGCCGCCCCGUCCGGCGCGAAGUGGCCAACCCAUUUCGAUUCCCGGGACGACGAGCUCCUCUUUCCGCGGACGCGUGGUUUCGCCAAGGCGAAGGGUACCCGAUCAGUCCCGCACCUUAUGGCGGCCCGCCUCUACCAGCGGAGCGACCUGAAGAAGCUUUCGCGAUGGGCGCCGAUCAAGCCAAAUCGACGCGCGCGGCAGGUGCCGCCGCCGCCAAUGAGGCUGCUCAAGAUAGUCCCAUGGAAGACGUUAACAUGGGUGACGACGACGGUUUCGUGCGUCAAGAUUGGAACGCGCCUGCUAUUCCUCAGACCCCUCUGUUCGAGGGUUCUAUGAAGGCGGAGUGGCGUGCGUUCAUGCGCGAGUACCAGAAGUACUUGGCGCAAAUCAAUGCGCUGCAAUGUGUGGGUUCUCGCCCGUGCAUGGACCCUUUUUCCAAGCGGCGUAUUACUUUGUUCGACAUGAACAAAGACCACAACGAUGUCACGGAAGCGAAAUGGUGCCAUACGUUUCGACACGAAGGUCCUCGACGCGGAGUCGCGUGUCGGCCGUAUGCUUGA